AUGAGGGUGUUCAUCCACAACGUAAAUACAUACACAGGGAGUUGUUUGUGCGAAACAUUUAGCGAGGUGAAGAACGAAAAGACGGAAAUUUACGGAACGCUAGUAGAAACAAGCAAAGGAAAAAAUGGGAUCAAGUAUGACUAUGGAAAAGCUACAAAAGUCGUGUCCAAGAUCCCCAAAGACAAUAUUUUGAAGCACUUAGUACAAUGCGACUUAAUCAUCUUCGACCUGAACAAUACGAACGUGGAGGAAUUAGAAUAUAUCAUACGGAAAGUGAAGUAUGAGAAGUUAAAGAAAGACACCACCUUGGUCCUCAUCUCCUCCAUAAUGACUUGGAACAAAACAAAAAGAAAAUUCUUGAAACAAGUAGACAGCUUCAACAGUGCAACAGGUGGAGAAACAAAAGAGAAAAAGAACCCAACGGAAGAGCCUCUCUCCGAUGGAAGCAUUAAACAUAUCAACGUUCCGGAAAUCUUCACCGAAAAGGAUUACAUGAAGAGAACCCCUUCUAGACAAUACGAACAACACAAAACCAUUGAGACAUUAAUUUUAUCGCUCAACUCAAAGAAUAAGCUAAACACCUAUGUAGUAGCAUCAGGAAUUCUGUACGGUAACGGAGAAAAUGUGUUCUAUCCCAUUUUCAAAAAUGCAUGGCUAAGUGCAGACAAUCAGAUAAUAGAUAGAGGCAAUAACUUUAUUCCGCUCAUUCACGUGAAAGGCCUGUGUCAGUUUCUGAAGGAGCUGUACUCGAGACAACCUGCAAGGAAGUAUCUUAUAGCUGUAGAUAACGAACAUGUAACGCAGAAGACAAUAAUUAAAACGAUUGGUAACUUCAUCUCUGGAAACUCCACCUACCUUAGCGUAUCUCCUCAUAAUUCCUUUCUCUUUGAUCACGCGGAGGUUAUGUGUGUCAAUUUGAGGUUCGCCUGUUCGCAAUUAGGUGAAGAGGGAGGUGAGCGCGGCGAACAGAUCGAUAGGCCGAAGGAAAAGGAUAAGAAGGUAGAUGAAGAAGAAAACGACGAUGACAAUUAUGAUGAUGAGGAGGAGGAAGAGGAGGAUGACAAAAGUGAUGAGGAUGAUGAACACAAAGAUGUGGACAAAUCAGACGACCAGCAAGGUCAGGAAGAACCAGAUAUGGCUGAACACGCUGACAAUACACACUCCGCGAAGAAGAAGAAGAAGAAGAAGACAACCAAUCAGGAGGGACAAGAAAAUGAGAAAGGAUUCACAUUCCAUUGUUCAGACGGAUUUACCAAAAACAUUUCCACCCUAGCCAAGGAGUUCUGUCAAUACAGAAAUCUGAAGCAACUAAAGGUUCUAAUACUGGGUUUGCCGGGGGUUGGCAAAACAUUCAUUGCCAAAAGAAUAUGCCACCACUAUAAUUUGAAAUUCUGUUCCAUCCCCUCCCUCAUCGAGGAGUGCAAGGAGACGGGGUACGACUUUCCGGAGUACUACAAGGAGUACUUGAAUCGUGUAAAUGAAGAACAUGAGGGGAAAAAGAGAAAAAACGGAAAGGCUAAUACAACGGCAAAUGCAAAGGCAAGUGCAAUGCAAACUACCAAGCUGACUCUACCAGACUUGACAUUCAUGUUUUACAAAAAGCUUCAAAGCAAUGAGUGCAAAUUUAGGGGGUUCGUUUUGGAUUUCUUCCCUCGAAAUUAUGAAGAGGCGGAAUACUUCUUUGGUACCCACAGAGGAGAUUGGAGAACAGUUAACAGCACGAACGAACAGGAGAAGGAGGAAGGGGAGGGUGAAGUAGGCGGAGAUAGCCAUGGGAAGGGAGAAGAUCAGGUCGACCAAGCGGAAGAUGCGAACGAAACGGAUGAAUCGGUCAAAGUAGACGAAACGGAGGAUGAUAAUUCGUCGGAGAAAGAUGAGAAUGAAUCAGACCAUGAGGAAACUCCCCAAGGAAAAAACACCCCAUCCAAUGGUCAACCGAACUCAACAGAGGUACCCCCAAAUGGAAACUCAAAUCAGAACCCCGAUGGGUUGACCGACCGACUGACCGAGGAGGCAGACAAUAAUUCUUUCUUUCCGGAAUUCGUCAUUAUUCUGAAAUCCCCUGAAGAGCUGUGCAGAAGCAGAAUGAUGAAUCUGCCAGAGGAAGAAAUAAUAAAAGGGCACAACGACGAAAGUGGGUUCGAAAGAAGGCACAAAAAAUAUGUCAAAGAAAACUGCAGAAAUGAUUACUUUGAAUUUGAUCAAAAGAAAUCUAUCGAAGACUACUUCCUGGAGAGAGACAUAGAUGUAUUCAACGUGCACAUAAAUGAAGAUUCCUCAUUAGAUGAUAUUCUCACAAAUAUAUACAUCUACAUAGAGAAAAAUCUGAAGUUUGACAACUUCCUUCCAUCUUCUGAAGAAAUGUUGAAAGGAAAACUUCAACAACAGGAGAAAGAACAUUCCCUCGAAAAAGAAAAGCUGGCUACCAAGGAAAAUCAACUCAUUGCGGAAGAGAUAAGCAAAAAUGAUGAAUUAAUAAAAGUAGAGAAAAAGAGGCAGGAACUUCUACUGCAGCAUCAGCAACAGUAUUUUCAUAACCAAUCCAUCCCGCUGAGGUUCUACUUGAUUAAAAAUAUUCUUCCCAUUUUAACAGAUGCGUUAAUACAUAUUUGUCGCACCAAGCCCAAGAACCCCUGUCUGCACAUCGCGCAGUAUUUGCUCGAAAAUGCUCACAAGUACAACGUCGAGGAUGAUGCGCUCGAGGGGUUGCGUUCGGAGGGGCUGCGUUCGGAGGGGUUGCAUUCGGAGAGGUUGCAUUCGGAGGAGUCGGCCGAUCACGGGGGUUGA